GCUCCUUAAGAUUAUUCCGUUUGCUUCUUUAUACUUUUAGCGUGUUCUUUAAAUGUUUUUGGUGCAUUGAUUGUCUGUCUGGCUGGAGGUCAAUUGCAAUCUUCAAUUUAUUGAUUCUUGAGAGAUGGUCAAUGUAGAGGCAAGGCCAAAGAGUUCUCCUUCUCCCCUCUUAGUUAAUUCAAACACUUUUAAUAUGUGUGACAUGAAAGGCUUUACUGUCGUUUUAUGUUUGAACUAUAUGUAUAUGCACUAGUUUGUUCAUUUUUGCUCCGGCUAUUGCAG